AUGUAUCUUUGGAACCAGCUUGUGCUGGCGGUGCUUUUAUCAGUGCUGCCGACGACUCUUGGACAGAAUGUUUUGGAUCUGAGUGGUGACGGAUGGACUGUCAGUAGCAAGGCGCUGAAUAUUAGCGUCCCCGGCAACGUCCCAUCACAGGUGCAUUUGGAUCUUCUUGAUGCGAAUGUGAUAGAUGACCCGUUAACCACCUCCAAGUCUUCCUGGCUUGUGUUCAAUGGGCUCGACACCUUUGCAACAAUUCAGUUCUGCGGUCAAUCUAUAGGAACUACAAAUAAUCAGUUCCGGCAGUAUACUUUUGACAUUUCCAAUGCGUUGAAACAUUGCAACGCUUCUCCAACCCUCUCUCUUGAGUUUGGAAGUGCCAGUAAAAUUGCAAAUGCAAUUGCCGAUGAUCCAAACUCACAAAAAUGGCCUAGCGGUGUACAAGGAACAUUCGAAUUCCCUAACCGCUGGUAUAUUCGAAAAGAACAAUCCGACUUUGGCUGGGACUGGGGUCCCGCGUUCUCGCCUGCUGGCCCAUGGCAGAACAUCUACCUAGUGCAGUCCGAGAGCGAGGAAGAUAUACAUGUUCUAAACACAGGCUUCGACAUCUAUCGAAAGGGCCAAAUCAACCACCUUGCCCCCGAUCAGAGUCAGCCCUGGGUUGUGAAUGCAAGUAUUGACUAUCUCGGCUCUCUACCUAGACGCCCAUCUAUGUCUAUCGAUAUCAAGGACCUCGAGUCAGGCAAAGUGUUGAAGUCCGGAUCGCUCGGUAAUGUCGUUGUAUUUGGACAAACUAUCACCGGUACCACCAUAGUUGAUGCAGACGCACCGAGCCUCUGGUGGCCCGCAGGGAUGGGCAAGCAAAACCUAUACAACAUCACAGUCACUAUCCAGAGCUCAGGCGAUGACCUCGCCGUCGUAACCAAGCGAACUGGCUUCCGCACUAUUUUCCUGAAUCGAUCAAAUAUCACUGAUGAACAGUUGGCUCAGGGUAUCGCACCCGGCGCGAAUUGGCAUUUCGAAGUAAACGGCCAUGAAUUCUACGCCAAGGGCUCGAACCUCAUUCCACCAGAUGCUUUCUGGCCGCGAGUCACUGAGGCCAAGAUGCAGCGACUCUUCGAUGCAGUUGUCGCCGGAAAUCAAAAUAUGCUCCGAGUCUGGGCUUCGGGCGCAUACCUCCCGGACUUUAUGUACGAUCUCGCCGACGAACGCGGAGUAUUGCUGUGGAGCGAGUUCCAAUUUAGCGAUGCUCUAUAUCCCACAGACCAACCAUUCCUCGACAAUGUUGCUGCCGAGGUUGUCUACAACGUGAGAAGGGUCAACCAUCAUCCAUCCAUGGCUUUGUGGGCUGGUGGAAACGAGAUUGAAAGCUUGGAACUACCAAGCGCUAGACAACAUGAUCCUGCGUCAUAUCCCCACUUAGUUGGCGAUUACGAACAUCUCUUCAUCUCUCUGAUCCUCCCAUUAGUCUACGAGAAUUCGCGAUCGAUUUCAUACAUGCCCAGUAGCACAAACAACGGGUUCCUGGAAGUUAACCUGUCCGCUCCAGUUCCCAUGGCGGAGCGCUACGAUAAUGGCACAGAGGAAAAAGGACAUUACUACGGUGAUACAGACUACUACAACUACGACAGCAGAGUAGCAUUUGACUUCACCGGCUACCCAGUCGGUCGCUUCGCCAACGAAUUCGGAUACCACAGUAUGCCGAGUCUACAAACAUGGCAGCAAGCUGUGGACAAUGAAGACCUUCACUUCAACAGUAGCACCAUCAUGCUCCGGAAUCACCACUACCCAGCCGGCAGCCCAGACACGCACAACUACACGCGAUCAGCUUUAGGAAUGGCCGAAAUGACCCUAGCGGUAGAGCGAUACUAUCCGAUUCCCGAUAAGCAAGACUCGAUCGCCAACUUCAGCGCCUGGUGUCACGCAACCCAGCUUUUCCAAGCGGACAUGUACAAGUCCGAAAUCCAGUUCUAUCGUCGCGGAAGCGGAAUGCCGGAACGGCAGCUUGGAGCAUUGUACUGGCAACUUGAAGAUAUAUGGCAGGCUCCGACGUGGGCUGGGAUUGAGUAUGAUGGUCGCUGGAAGGUUCUUCACUACGUUGCUCGUGAUAUCUUCCAACCUGUCAUUGUAUCAUCGUUCUGGAAUUAUACCACUGGUGAUUUGUCUAUUUAUGUGACAUCGGAUCUCUGGGAAACGGCUCGGGGAACUGUGAAGUUUACCUGGACGGAUUUGUCUGGCAAGCCGAUACCAGGGAAUGCGGGUACUCCCUUGACGAAACGGUUCUCUGUUAGGGCACUUAAUACCACCAGGAUCUACGGUACCAAUUUGGCACAACUAUCCGUGCCUGAUACGAAAGAUGCGGUCCUGGUCAUCGAUCUCACUGCUCGGGGCCGUCUACCAAACGCUGAAAGUAAGAUUUUGACUACAUUCACCCAUCGAAACCAGUUCACACCUGUCUUCCCUAAAGAUCUGGCACUGAGAAACCCGGAACUGAAGCUGUCUCAUGAUGUCCUGGCUGGCACGUUGACCGUGGAAGCUCAGAGUGCUGUCUCGUUGUAUACAUGGCUUGACUAUCCUGCUGGUGUGGUGGGAUACUUUGAGGAUAACUCGUUCUCUUUACUUCCUGGUGAGAAGCGGACCCUUCGGUUUGUUGUACAGAAGGAUGAGACUGGGGGAAGUGGGUUGAUGGUGUUACUGUGCGCAGUCUGUGGGAUCAAACUACCAAGACUUGAGACUUGA